AAUUUUACGUUUGGGGGAAUGAGGACGGAUGCGAAUGUUGUUUUGGUAAAAGUUGAAACAUCUUUGGAAACAGCACACCAGAAAAUCGGAGUUUUUUGUGGAAAGUAUUUAUAGUAAAUUUCCUGAAGGUCAAUUUUUGAAGCCAUAGACGAUGUUCAGUUCGAUUGACGACAGCAGUGAUGAGGAUUCGUGUCGGACAUUGUCUGGAAGUCAAUCCCCUCGAACAUCAAGCCUACAUUCAGGAAGAGUAAAUUUGUCUAAAAUAUGUAGAGAUGAGGAGGACAUGCGAUUGUUGGCACGGUUAUUGAAAUGUAAGAAAGGAAAAGAAGUGAUGACCAGAUUAGAAGAAACAUUUGACUGUAAAAUGCAUGUCAAGUUCCAAACAAAACCAAAACGUCGAGUCGUAACGAAGCGUUCAAGUUCUCGUCAAUGCCAGUCACAAACGACAUUUCCUCCUCAAAGGAUUUUAAAGCCAUCAGUUCCAGAAUACAAGUCAACAUCCUCCACCAUAAAAAAUGUAGAGAUCACGGUCAAACAGGGUGACAUCACCAAGGAAACGGCUGAUGUUAUUGUCAGUGUAGUUGGACCAGACCUUGAUUUUCAGAAAAGUGUAAUUUCGAAAUCAAUGUGCAAGGCUGGAGGAAGCACUCUGACAAAGGCUUUGAAGGAUUCCAAAUCUAACUCGGGCAGCUCCCGGAUCAUCACGACAGAUGGAGGAAACCUGAAAUGUCAGUUUGUGUUUACACUGAUACUACAGCCUUGGACGGAUGUAACGGCUCAAAAUACAUUUCGACAGAUCCUAGAAGAGUGUUUUCAGUUGUGUGUCCAGAGUAACUUAUCCUCGAUAUCACUGCCGAUGUUAGGAUGUGGACGGAUGUUACAAUAUCCACUACAAACCACAGCCAACAUCAUGAUGGAUGUAACCAGUAAAAUCAUAAACGCAGGCGGACUAAAGACUGUGACAUUUGUUGCAUACAUUACACCCGAGUAUGACGCCAUGAAACAAUCAUUACGUCAGGCCAACAGCAGUGCUUCAGGGGGAGCGACAGCCAAUGCUGACGAAAACAACGAGGAUGUGAUGGGUUGCACCAUAACGUUAUCAAACUCUUCCAAUACUCGACCAAACCCCGUGUCUCGGAUUCUUUCUGAACUAGAGGACAACUUACUGUACACUGAACACAUUCCAAAUCCUACAAAUAAAUGUUUACCUCUCCGAGUGAAGGGGCGCAUUCACGAAACAGCAUCAAAAAGAGGCCUACUACACAUAAGACUGGAUAUUGAUCAAAAGACCGGCAGCAUUGUGUUAAAGGGUGAAAGAAAUCACAUUAAAGUGUGCAAACAUGACAUCAUACCUCUCCUCUCGGAUGGCGUGAACACUUCCGAUCGGCUGAAAUGUUCCUCAGAAUUUUGGUCUGGUCUUGCACAUGAGUACACUCAAACGCCGCCAUAUUGGUCUCACUUUCCAAGAUGUCGUCCGAUGCCGGAAGUGUUUAAACUAUUUCAAGCCAAUCGUCAGCCGAUGUUGCUCCCCGUGGACAAGGAUACUGACGCAGCUGUCCGGAGUCUGGUUCACAGCACAUGGCAGAAGGAAUAUGUCGGGCAGGGCCGAGACGCGGUUGGUUUGACGCAUACAUCCAUCAAAAUCCACAGCGUUGAAAGGAUUGAAAACCUCGAACUUUUUGCGAAAUACGCCUUGAAACGUCAGGAGUUCUUUCGCACUCUUUCGGACGACGAAACAUAUGCAUUCCCCAGAAUUGAGGAGGUUCCGUUGUCUGCAGGUAUGUCCAGAGGACCAAUAGAUACUUACGCAAAGUUGACAAAACCGCUAAAAGGAGAAAUUUUCCCGGAAAUAAAUGAGCACUACUUGUUUCAUGGAACGAAACCCGAUGUUUUACAAACUAUCAUUCAUCAGGGACUGGACUUCAGAAUGAGCAGUGAUAAGGCAAUGUUUGGAAUGGGAAUUUACGGAGCGGAAAGCGCUACUAAAGCUGAUCAGUAUGUGGACGCCAAAACCAAUAGAACUCCUGGUAAAAAGAAAAUGCUUUUGAUGCGGAUGUUGUUAGGAAAAUCCUAUAUAUGUUUGGACUCAAAUCCAAAGAAAUACAGACGGCCUCCGUGCACUAGUUCUGGUUGUUGGCGUGACGACUGUGUUGACAUGCAUGACCGAUUCGACAGCGUCGUUGGAGACGGACAGUGGUUAUUUCGGGAAUUUGUCGUAUACGCUGUUGAUCAGUGUUACCCAGAGUACAUUAUCAACUAUGAAAGAAAUUGAACUUUCACUAGGUAAAAUGCCGAACUUUAAAGCAAUAUAAAGUGCUUUUAAAACUGUUUUAUGUGACUCAGGGUAAUUCGAUACCUGAUUUCAGGUAAAAGGUAUAUCCAUUUUAAAAUUCACAAUAGUGAUUCGUCUCACAACUGGGCUUACAAUUGAAAUGGCCGUGUCUGCUGCCCAAGUUGUUUAAUGUUAAUUCUAUUUCGAAACAAAAUGUUGUAUUUAGCAAUAGAUGUGUGUCUCAAAAUUCCAACAGCUGAUACAUGUACGUAUCAAAAUUACAACAUCUGAUACAUGUACGUAUCAAAAUUACAACAGCUGAUACAUGUACGUAUCAAAAUUACAACAGCUGAUACAUGUACGUAUCAAAAUUAUAACAGAUGAUGCGUGAUUCAAAGUUACAGCAGGUGAUACGUAUCAAAAUCACAACAGCUGGUGCGUGAUUCAAAGUUAGAACAGCUGAUACGUUUCAAAAUUACAACAGCUGACGUGUGAUUCAAAGUUACAGCAGCUGAUACGUAUGAAAAUCACAACAGCUGGUGCGUGAUUCAAAGUUAGAACAGCUGAUACGUGUCAAAAUUACAACAGCUGGUGCGUGAUUCAAAGUUAGAACAGCUGAUACGUUUCAAAAUUACAACAGCUGAUGCGUGAUUCAAAGUUACAGCAGCUGAUACGUGUCAAAAUUACAACAGCUGAUGCGUGAUUCAAAGUUAGAACAGCUGAUACGUGUCAAAAUUACAACAGAUGGUGCGUGAUUCAAAGUUAGAACAGAUGAUACGUUUCAGAAUUACAACAGCUGAUGCGUGAUUCAAAGUUACAGCGGCUGAUACGUGUCAAAAUUACAACAGCUGAUGCGUGAUUCAAAGUUACAGCAGCUGAUACGUGUCAAAAUUACAACAGCUGAUUUGCGUCUCUACAUGACACAACAGGCUUGAAUUUCUCGAAAAAAUAUCAAACUUAAAUUUGAGGGUUUUUUUUUUUUUUUUUUUUUAUUUGAACAGUCAAAAUUUGAAAUUUGAGGAAAAUCCCAGACUGAAGUUCAAGUUUCGAUUAAGUUCUUUUCGAAAAAUCCAGGCCGGUUGUAGCUGCAGCUCUCUGAGAAAACACUGAGACGAUAUAUGGCCUCAACCAUGCGCAUUUUUUUUUUUUUUUUUUUGUGAGCCGUAAAACGAAGGUUUUUAUAAGGGUGUGGAUCUGUAGCUCUCUGAUCUGUCCCAAUAUUUUUUUUUCAGAGAGCUACUAGGCCGGUUAGUGCUUGUUUCAAGUUCACAAUAGUUGGUACGUGAGUAACGCGAUUCAAAGUAACAGCAGCUGAUAGUGUCAAAAUCACAACAGUUAGCUAGUGCGUGCAUCAAAAUUACAGCAGUUAGAUAGUGCGUGCAUCAAAAUCACAACAGUUAGAUAGUGCGUGCAUCAAAAUCACAACAGUUAGGUAGUGCGUACAUCAAAAUCCCAACAGCUAGCUAGUGCGUGCAUCAAAAUCAAAACAGUUAGAUAGUGCGUGCAUCAAAAUCACAACAGUUAGAUAGUGCGUGCAUCAAAAUCACAACAGUUAGCUAGUGCGUACAUCAAAAUCACAACAGCUAGCUAACUAUGCGUACAUCAAAAUCACAACAGCUAGCUAGUGCGUGCAUCAAAAUCACAACAGUUAUAGCUAGUGCGUGCAUCAAAAUCACAACAGCUAGCUAGUGCGUGUUAAUACGCGACCCAAAAUCACAUUGUGUCUUGUAAUCAGUACAGAUGGCACAACUUAUAUAUGUCGCAUGCAGGUUGUAGAAUCCCCCCCCCCCCCCAUCUGUGUGUGGAAAUUAAUCGUUUCCACUGAAUUUGAUAAUCACACCAUGACACUGAAAUUUUGAUCAAACGCGUUUUCAUGCACAUGUAUUACAUGUAGCAAAGUAAUGAUUUUAAAUAUUUUAAAAAGUCUACGACAUUAAAGUUUGUAAAUAGACGCCUUAUCACUUUUCAAAUCAACAGAGGAAUUACUUGUCAACAUCAAGUAACAAUAUUUGGUCAGCAUUCACAGCUACAAAUCACGCCUUUACCAUCAUAUUAUUUAGCGUCACAUGCGCUACGUUACAUGUAUACUGAUACCCCAUUUCCAAAUGGUCUCUCAAUGUACAUGUACAUAGAGAAUCUGCAAAGGAAUUGAUUAUUUUUAUAUUCCAUUUUCAAGUAAAUUUAAUUCUUUAUUGACUCUAAAGCACAUGUAAGUGUUGUUAGUCAUGUAAUAUAAAAAUACGUGUACACUGUGUUACGUGGUAUAUUUGUAACAAUCCUUUGUUUCUGAGGUAUAAAGAGUCUCUGAUAUACUAGUAUUUAUGCUCCUUUGUUAGCUGGCCUGUUUUUACAUUCUUAUGAAACAGAAUUUAUUCAAAAACUUCUACGCGAGAAGAAAAAAUAUCUUGCUGUGUCCCUCAAUGCGACAUUUAGAUAUAUCGACGACCUUUUAUCUAUUUUAUAACAAUAAUAAUUUUCACUCAUAUGUCGAUUAGAUAUAUCCCUAUGACCUCGAAAUAAAAGACACCACAAAGUCAUCCACUUCUGCUUUAUUUUUGGAUAUUUUAUUGAAAAUGGAUAUUAACGGCAAACUAACAGCUAAACUUUAUGAUAAACGGGAUGAUUUCAGCUUCUCCAUCGUCAACUUCCCAUAUUUAUGUAGCAGUAUCAUAUUAUCACCUGCAUAUGGUGUUUAUAUCUCUCAACUGAUUCGAUACGCAAGAGCUUGUUCUGCGUAUGGUCAGUUUUUAAAUCGAGGCAAGGUACUGACAAACAAGUUGAUGGUGUAGGGGUUUCAACAGUCUCGUUUAAAGUCGGCAUUUCGCAAAUUCUAUGGUCGUUGUAGUGAUUUGCCAAUACACCCUAUCAUUGGGUCAAAUGCUGUCAGACGUGUUUCAUACCGAUUGUUAGGUCGUUCUUGGCACAUUGAUUUUGACUACAGAUAACUUCGUUUACCUGAUCAAGAUAUAGGGCUCACGGCGGGUGUGACCGGUCGACAAGGGAUGUGUACUCCUCCUAGGCACCUGAUCCCACUUCUGGUAUAUCCAGGGGUCCAUGUUUGCCCAACUCUGUAUUUUGUAUUGCUUAUAGGAGUUGUGAGAUUAAUCACUGUUCGUUAUCUUCACCUUUCAUUUAAAACAAAUUUCUUUGGUAGACACAAGAUUGAUAGUAUUCAGUAAAUAAGAUAGAGGAUUAUCAUAUGAUUUUUAAAAAUACUUUUUUUUUAUGUUUGUAUAAAGGACAAUCAAGUAUAAAAUGGUUUUCAUCUACAACACUGGUCUUACAAUGGUUACAAAAUCUGUUUUAAUUAGGAAUGGAAGGAUUACAAUAUCUAUACCAUAUUUUAACUGAUGUGCAUGUUGUAAGUUCAGAUUGUGAUGGUAGAAGACACAAAUAUGGUUGUAUUUUAGUUAUUUGUUAUCAUAAUUGAAUAAUGUACUAUAGAAUGAAUUUUCCACAUUGAGUACUCAUGUUAUUAACAUUCUAAUUCUCCGAAGGUUUUCUUUACAAAGAAAUCAUCAGUUUAUAACCAAAGAGUUUAUUUGUUAUAUCACAGUUAAUGUUCAAUGUUAUUUGCAAUUGUGUUAUAAAACUAUGCCGACUUUUUAAAAUUAUUCAUAUCGGCCAACUUUGUAUCUUCCAAGAUUGUAUUUUUUAAAACAAGAUUAUCACUAUCAUUUGAUUUUACCCGAUUUUCCAAUCUAGAAAAGUAAUUAAACGUGAGCUUAUAUAUUUUGACAUGUAAAGGGGAUAUGCCUAGUUCAAUUUUGCAGCCAAGUUGGAUACUUUUUUGCGUACAUGUAGUGUUCUUUAUGAUGAAAUUUUGAAUCUUUUCAAAUGGUGCUUUAUCAAAUCGUUGAAAUUUGUAUAUCCAUAUUUCUGAAGAGUGUGUUAAAAUUGGAACAAUAAUCGAUUCAUAUAGGUUUAUCCAUAAUUUGGGUGAAAGAUCUGAGCUAAGGAAGGGUAUAAGGGGGUAUAUUUCAGGGUAAAGUAAAGUAAGCUUUAGUUCUAGCUGCAAGAUCAUCACAAGCAAAUUUUAAAUUACUAUUUGAUUGUAAAAAUAUGCCAAGAUAUUUGUACUUAUAAUUAUAUGAUAUCUACAAUGGUAUUGUUGUAAUAAAAUCCUUACAGUU